AAACGGAUUCAAAUUGUACGAAAGAAAGAUUGAUUAAUCUUGUAGAAAUCACCUGUCCCGGUCUUUUGGAUUACCAGAAUAUAAGAGGGGCUUCAAUGUGUCAGUAUAAUUUAGAAUUUCAUGAUACCAAUGCCCUGUUAGUGUGGGAGGACACACUACGAGAGAUGGACAAUGUACACUAUCAG